UAUGGGCCACUGAAAACUUCUUUCAUUUAUCUUUAAAUAUCUAAAAUAUUAAUAUUACUCUACGAUAUAACAGAUGAAACUAUUUGAAUAUAGGCACAAUGUAUGUUACUAUCAUAUCAUGUAAAAGAUAUCUCAGGUUUUAAUGAUAAAUUUGUCCAAGACCGGAACGUUUGCGAAAGAGACCAAUUUCUAGGGAAAUGAUUUCGAUGAUACACCGCAUCUCUGAACGUGACUUGGACUGCUGAUUUGGACUGAACGCGGAGAUGCUCCUCAGAACUACGGUGGUUAAGAACCUCGGUUCCUCCCUUGCUCCAGAUGGGUGUGUUCGGCACUGCAGGAUUAGAGCAAACACCUGGUGCAGGUGGAGGAUACAAGCAAGAAGACGAUACGGUUUUCUACCAGAUGAUGUCAAAUCGGUGCGAUCAGUCGUCAAUCCAGAUGUGUCAAAAAUCCGCAACAUUGGAAUUAUGGCUCACAUUGACGCGGGAAAGACCACCACCACAGAGAGGAUGCUGUACUACUCUGGAUACACCCAUUCUCUGGGAGAUGUUGAUGAUGGGGACACAGUCACAGACUUCAUGGCGCAGGAGAGAGAAAGGGGAAUCACCAUUCAGUCAGCAGCUGUCACUUUUGACUGGAAGGAGCACAGAAUUAAUCUUAUAGACACUCCAGGACAUGUGGACUUCACAUUAGAGGUAGAGCGAGCCCUGCGGGUUCUUGAUGGGGCUGUGGCUGUUUUUGAUGCCUCAGCUGGAGUGGAGGCUCAAACGCUCACGGUGUGGCGGCAGGCUGAUAAGCAUCAUGUGCCCCGAGUCUGCUUCCUGAACAAGAUGGACAAACCAGGAGCCAACUUGUCAUAUUCCGUUGAGAGCAUAAAGAAGAAGCUCAAAGCUAAUCCAAUCCUUCUGCAGAUCCCCAUUGGCAGUGGAAAAGGCUUCACAGGUCUGGUCAAUUUGGUGACCAGUCAGAGAAUGAUGUGGCCUCAGUCUGAUGACAGUAAUGGCAGAGUGUUUGUGACAAAACCCUUGAGCUCCUCAGAUGACCCAGAACUCUUGAGGCAUGUCAGAGAAGCUAGGAAUAACCUCAUAGAACAGGUGGCAGAUCUGGAUGAUGAGUUUGCUGAGCUGUUGCUGGGGGAAUUCAGUGAGAACUUUGAUGCUGUGCCACCCGAGAAACUCCAGAUGGCAGUACGGCGUGUGACUUUGGCCCAGAAGGGGGUUCCUGUGCUGUGCGGGAGCGCCCUGCGGAACAAAGGGGUCCAACCACUCCUGGAUGCCAUCACAGCCUACCUACCUGCACCCAACGAACGCCACCAUGACUUGGUACAGUGGUACGGGAACGACCUCUGCGCACUGGCAUUCAAAGUCGUGCACGACAAGCAGCGAGGUCCCCUGGUGUUUGUCCGAAUCUACUCUGGGGCCUUGAAGGCCCAGUCUGCUGUCCACAACAUCAACAGGAAUACUACGGAGAGGAUGAGUCGCCUGAUGGUGCCGUUUGCUGACCAGCACAUUGAGAUCCCCUCACUGACAGCGGGAAACAUCGCCCUCACAGUCGGACUGAAACAGACUGUCACAGGAGACACUAUUGUGGCGUCCAAGUCUUCCGCGUCCCAAGCAGCCCGCAGGCUCCUGGAGCUAGAGGAGAAGAAGGUGAAGGGCUCGGACAAAGAGGCUGAGACCCUGAUCCUGGCCGGGGUGGAGGUCCCGGACCCUGUCUUCUUCUGUACCAUUGAACCCCCAACCAUGGCCAAGCAAGCAGACUUGGACCAUGCGCUGGCCUGUUUGCAAAGGGAAGACCCCAGCCUGAAAGUCAAGACAGAUCCUGAUUCUGGACAGACUAUUCUUUGUGGAAUGGGGGAACUCCAUAUUGAAAUCAUUCACGACCGCAUCAGGAGAGAGUACAGCCUUGAGACUUACCUGGGGCCCUUACAGGUGGCAUACAGGGAAACCGUGCUCCAGUCUGGAUGCGCUGUAGACACUCUGGACCGAACUCUGGGGGAUAGGCGGCAUGUGGUGACAGCAAGCCUGCAGGUGAGCCCUCGGGAGGAGACGGCCUGCGACAUCGCCUACGGGGAGGGUGUGGCUGAGAACCUGGCUCCUGAUUUGAAGGAUGCUGUGGAGAAUGGAAUUCACAGCGCCUAUCUCCAAGGUCCGCUGCUCGGUUUCCCGGCGCAGGGGGUAACCACCGUGGUGCAGGCCGUCAGUGUACAGUCUGGGACCUCUGUGGCCAUGGUGUCUGCGUGUGUGUCACGCUGCAUGCUCAAGGCAAUGAAGCAAGCAGGAGGCCAGGUGCUUGAACCGCUGAUGAGUCUGGAGAUCACAGUGGAAGCUGAACAUCUGAGUCUUGUGCUCGGGGAUCUGGCACAGAGACGCGGUUCCAUCCAAGAUAUCCAGAGCCGCCAGGACUGCAAAGUGGUCCUGGCCUCUGUGCCACUGGCAGAAACCAUGGGCUAUUCCACUAUGCUGCGAACUUUGACAUCAGGCAGUGCCACAUUCUCUAUGCAGCUGUCCAGCUAUGAGGCCAUGAACCCUGAGAUCCAAAGUGCUCUUGUGAACAAGAUGGCAGGGCUGGCAUGAAGCAGCAAACACAAAGCUACCACACACAGAGGACCUCGUCAUUUUCAGGACAUCGGCAAGCUCUCCUGUUCCAUGUGAAUUCAUUGUACAUAUGUGCAGAAGUACAUUCUGUGCACUGUGUGACAGACUGAAAACUGUCUGGAUAAACACUCAUUCUGCCAUGAUGCACUAUGCAGAAUAAAUAGUAUUUAAGUAUGAUCAUAUAGAAACUUGCUUGUUUGUCACCUGUGUACAUCCUUUAAGACAGGAAAGUGGUCCUGUGGAUAUAGUAAUAAAACAAGUGCCAGUGCAGAUACUAAGUGGACAGU